AUGAUCAUCACAGUUGGAGCUCACUUACAGAGAGUAUACUUACAACGCUUUGGACUAACAAUGUCGUCAUACAAAUCUGACAAAUAUGUGAAUGAAUCAAGUUCAGAUUCUGAGUUAGAAGAGUCAGAAUUUGAGCCCCCAAAACACUAUAAGAAAGUGACGGCAUCUAAAAGUAUUUCACCUGAUAGUGAAAAAGAAGCAUGGUUAAUAAAGAUUCCAAAGGGAUUUCCUCUCAAGGACCUCAAAACUCUUCCUAUUUCUCUUAAUACCUCGUCUAAAAAUGAAGACAUCCCAUCCUUCAAACUAGGUGGUCAAACUUUUCAAGUUGGUGAAGAAUACUUGUCCGCCACGGCCGACAAUCAAAAAUACGCUGUAUUUACGAACAGUGAUAACAAUUCAUACAAAAUUAGUAAUUCCAAAAUUACCAGGUUUUACAAUCUUUAUGAAACUGUGGAAAUCCCUAAAAUAGACAUUAAUAACGUAAGGAAAGAAAGGGAGAGCGUAAAAAAGAUAAAGCAUUUGAAAAUGAGACAUUUUCCGACGGGAUAUGGAUCAAAAGAUUAUGAUGAAGCUAAAGGUGGGAAUGGUUUAUCAGAGAGCGACUCAGAAGAUAAAAAAGUGAAAAAAGAUAGUGAUGGUAAAGUAUUAAAGAAACAUAAAUCUGAUAAGAAAGGUAGCGUCGACGGGACUGAAAAGAAAGAAAAGAAGAUCAAACUGGAGAAAAAGGAAAAGAAAGAGAAGAAGGAGAAGAAAGAGAAAAAAGACAAAAAAGAGAAAAAAGACAGAAAAGAUAAAGAGAAGCGUAGGGAAGAAUAA